AAUAGAAUUAAAAAAAUAAUUAAAAUAAAAUGUAUAACAAUCAAUAAAAUCAAUAUGUUGAGUAUUAUUAAUAACCUCCGCAAAAUUAAUAAAGACCUAGUUAUUUGCAAACUCCGAAUAUAUAAAAUAAAAAUUUUUAAGAGUAGAAUAUUGGUAACUAAGGUUAUUAAAAUUAUUUAAAUAAUUAUUAAUAAUAAACACCUCUGAUUAAUCAAAAUGCUUAUAAUAAAAACUAUUAAUAUUAAUAAUAAUAAUAAUACGAAUAGCCUAAUGUAAAUAUAUAAUAGUAAUAUCCGCAAAGAGAAAAUAGCUAAUAUAGAGAUAAUCUUAACAACAUAAUACCUAGAACACGUAUAGAAAGAGGGGCAAUGAAGGAUAAAGAGCAAAUGGAAAAAAUAAGAAUUAAUUAAAGAGUGGGAUAUGAAACAAGAAAUUAAGAUGUGAAAUAAUUAUUACACAAUGCAGAUCCUUAAUCUAGUUUAUUUAUAUCAGAAAAUUAAAGGUUUGACAAAGACUUUGCAAUUUAUGAUAAAUAAUAAAGAGAAUUAAAAUUACAAUAAAAAGAAAUAAAUUAAGAAAAACAUAGAAUUGAAGGGAUAGAAAGAGAUUCUUAUAGAUGGCAGUAAAUGGAAAAAUAAUCAUAAAGAGAAGAAAUUAUUAGAGAAAAAAGAAAAGAUAUUCUUAUAUAAUGCAAAAAAAAUACAAAUGGGUAUAUAUAUAAACACAUGAUUUUAUUGAUUUAUAUGUAUUAAAAUAUAGGUUACCAUUUAACCCGAUUACUUUAGAAUAUGAAAAAUCAAAAGAAGGAGAAAAUUUAAGAUAUAUGGAUGAACAAACUAAGGUAAGAGGAUAUGUAAGAGCUUAGAAUUUAGAUACUAGAAGUAAUUGCGGAUAUAAUAUUUUAACAGGCGAAUCAAGAUUAGGAGUAGAUUCGAUAGUGCCUUAAAAUCUAAAAGAUGACUAUAUAAAAAAAAUUGAAUAUAAAAAUCAGUAUUUUGAUGUAAAAUAUAAGGGUGAAAUAUGAAAUCUCGUAGAUAUAUUAUUUAAUAAAUUUUUUUAUAAAAUUUAAUAUUUUUUUUUGUUUAAAAAUAUAUCUGCAAUUUUAUAAUUAUUUAAAUUAAUUGAUUUUUUAUUUUGUAUAAAUUAAAGUUUAAAAAAUAAUUAAUUGA